AGAUUCUCCUCCACUCAAGGAUUAUGUUUAUCUGUGACCAUGCUCCUACUAGUUCCUCGCCUCUUGCCCCUCCUGCUGGUGAUAGGCACAGGGGGUUCCGUGUCCAACCCUCACACACCGCCCCAGCGAUGCUACAUAGCCGAAGAAGCUGGCGAACAGACAUUCCGCUGCAGCCAGGCUGGCCUGAGUGCGGUGCCCAGCGGCAUCCCCAAUAACACCCGAAAGCUCUACCUGGAUGCCAACCAGCUGGCGUCAGUGCCAGCCGGUGCCUUCCAGCACUUGCCUGUCCUGGAAGAAUUAGACCUGUCUCAUAAUGUCCUUGUUCACCUCUCAGGGGCUGCUUUCCAGGGCUUGGAGGGCACUCUGCGCCUCCUUGACCUCUCUGCCAACCAGCUAGCAUCUGUACCUGUGGCAGCCUUCAUGGGGCUGCAGAUCCAAGUGAACCUGUCUGCCAACCCGUGGCGCUGCGACUGUGCCCUGCAGGAAGUGCUCAGACAGGUGAGGUUAGCUCCAGGCUCCGGGACAGGCAUCGUGUGUGGUCCAGGAGCCCGCCCAGAUCUCGUGGGACAGGAGUUCCUUCUGCUGACUAGGGAGGAAGAGCUGUGUGGGACAGGACGAGGUGGGACCCGAAGGAGCACUGAUGUGGCCCUGCUAGUUACCAUGGGAGGCUGGCUGAUGCUGGUAGCGGCUUAUCUGAUCCACUAUGUGUGGCAGAACCGGGACGAGACCCGGCGGCCCCUUAAGCGGGCUCCUGUGCAGCGCGUGCGCUCAGAGGACUCCUCCACCCUCAGCACAGUGGUCUGAAGCGCUGCGCUCUGGGCCCUGUGCGCUAUCGUUCCUCUACUCCUACCACAUCCCCUGCCCCAUCUGCCCUCUUCCUGCCUCCCUCAACACCUUGUCUGAGUCACUCUUGUUCUCUUGCUUUCUCUCCCGUUGUCUUGCUCUCUUGCCCUUUCUUCUCCAGGACACUAUCUUUGGAGCCUGGAUUUGGGGGUACCUCCUUCUAUGCCUGGAUUUGGGGUACCUCCUUCUAUGC